AUGGAGAAGCGGAGGACUCGCACCGCAAACCCAUGCGAUGGCUGCUCUCUAAGGCGGUGCCAGAAACACUCUGUCGAGUGUACCUUUCUGAGAGUUCCACGAAAGCGAGGUCCCAAAGGGCCUCGCCAAUGUACAUCUGAGAAGGUGGCACACUACCAAAACGAAAUCCGUCAAUCGCAAAGUCAUCGUUCUAUCUCACAAGGACUUGUAAGCCCCAUUGCUGAUAACGAGAGCGGCCAGAUGCCAAUGCAUCUAUACAUCGAGUAUUUAGACAAGUUCCGAGAAUCUCUUACCUGCGUCUGGCCCAUUCUAAAUGUUGAAGAUUUGAAGUCCAGACUCGUCCAUAAUCCUGCCGGUGAUCGAAGUGCCUGGGCACUAGCUGGCGCUGUCUGUGCGACGGUCAUCGCCCAGUUGCGACUUUCUCAGAUACGCUCAGCAAAGCAAGACACGGCAACUACAGACCUCAGCUCCGUUGCCGAAAGCUUUGCCCGUCAUGCCCAGCGCCUGCGAGAUCAGUUUUUUUACCGGGAAGAUUUCUCGACCGAGUCUUUGUUGACGGCAUUUUUCCUGCAUAUCUACUUCACUAUUACUGGAAGAAUAAGAACCGCGAUUCUAUACUUGCAUGAGACAAUUGCACAGCUACACCUCCAAGAUUUGCACCUCACCGAAACCCUGGCCAGCCUGGCCGAUGAGCAGAAGGAAUUGGUCCUCCGCAUCUACUGGCUAGUCUUCGUGUCUGAGAAGACUUUUUGUGUACAGAAUUGCUUUCCGACGUCACUUUCGCCGAUUCAGGCUUGGCCGUCUUCAGAAUUCCACAUUCCGGGGGUUGGGGAUCUUGACCAAUCUUUUCAACUCCUUGCACAGCUCUUCACGCUACUUGAUAACAAUAUCAUCAUGGCAGGGGAUAGAAGAGGGGCCUACAUGGAUGCUAAAAGUGUAGACCACCUUCAAUAUGCCCUGUCAGCCAUGGACAACAUUGCAGCUGUGGCGCCUAGACUCCCGGAAACACAACGUGUUAACGUUUUAAUGACGGGCAAUUGGAUUCAAAUCCUUUGGUGGCAAUACGCACUUCGCCAUGUCCAGAUGUCCAGCCGCGGAGAAAGUGACACCACAUUCUCAAUAUUGGAACCCGCAUUAGUGGCCCAGAAGGCUAUGCGACUUUUCGCGUCAGUCUCCAGAGACUCAAUUACGACCCACGGGUUUGGUAUGGAGCUCAAAGUGUUCCGUAUCACGGACGCGCUGGUUGAUCUAUUGGCCUGCAAUAGACAUCUGCUUGAUUCCACUCGGGUUAAGAAUGGAAGGAUGGUAAUGGGCCCGAGAGAUGUGCUUUACGCCCUUCAAAACACGUUGCAUCUUAUCGGUGGCCCAGAAUCCCCCUUAUACAAAAGGCUUUUGGGGAUGAUGGCAGAGGUUUCGCUUCCUGUCCCGCAAGUCCCGGAGAUUGUCUUUCGCUACAAAAAGGCAGAUUUGCGAAAUGAGAGAGAUCACGACAAGGAAUUCAAAUAG